UUCUAUUUAAUUAGCUUAAUCUGAUUUAUAGAAAAAUGAAGCUCAUAAUUGUUUUCGUUGCUCUUUCUAUGAUAGCCUCACUCGGGUUAGCAUCCGAUCCUAGUCCCCUGCAGGAUUUCUGUGUCGCGGACGACUACAGCAAAGUGUUUGUGAAUGGCAAAGUUUGCAAAGACCCGAUGUUGGCGACAGCAAAUGACUUCUUCUAUGACGGACUCGACAAGCCUGACAACACAAGCACUCCUUUAGGUUCAGUGGUCACCUCAGUUAAUGUAAUGCAAAUGCCUAGGCUCAACACUCUAGGUAUAGACUUCGUUCCUGGUGGCAAAAACCCUCCCCACACACACCCACUUGGCACCGAGAUCCUCACGGAAGGGACCCUCUAUGUCGACUUUGUGACCAGCAAUCCCGAAAACCUUUUGAUUAGCAAGACACUGAACAAGGGAGAUGUGUUUGUGUUUCCUCAGGGCCUCAUUCAUUUCCAGCAAAAUGUGGGCUAUGGCAAUUCUGUUGCGAUUGUAGGUUUGAGCAGCCAGAAUCUAGGGGUGAUAACCAUAGCUACCGCUGUGUUUGGAGCCGACCCGCCAAUCUCUGAUGUUGUUCUUGCAAAGGCCUUCCAAAUUGAUAAAAAAUUGGUUGAUAAACUCCAGGCCAGCUUCUGGAUGGAUACUAACUAGAACAUCAAGGUCAAGCGGCCCUCAUUACCAUAUGAUAGAUAUUACCCAUGGGGAUGAAUGUAUUGAAUAUAGGGUAACUUUCAUUUGUACGUUCUUUUAAUUUUUUCAUUUCCUGUGGAGUGUGGACUAUAAUAUUAUAAUAAAAUUGGUCUAGGCA